AGGCGGGGGCCGUAGACCCCAGCCAAGGCUCAACAGCACGGAGGUGCAGGAUCUUGCCGAGGGCCCUGGGCUAGGCGCCGCUAGCAGCGCCGGCCCCGGGGCCCCCAGAACCCCCAACCCUACGCCGGCCUGCGCCCCGGCCCAACAGCUGACCCUGCUGGUGAUGCGCCCAAGUGGAGGGCAGGACGAGGCUGCGGCGGGGGGCGUUCUUAGGCAGGCGAUAGGCAAGCCAGUUAAAAACCUGUAUGACUUGGCGGGGGAUGGCGAGGAGGAGGCGGGUGACGAUGAAACAGACUUGCUGGACACUUCCGAUCCCCCGGGGGGAGGCGAGAGCACGGCUAGUUUGGAGGAUCUGGAGGACGAGGAGACCCAUUCCGGGGGCGAGGGCGGCAGCGGAGGGGCCCGGAGACGCGGCAGCGGCGGGGACAGCACGAGCAAGACCUGCACCUACGAGGGCUGCAGCGAGACGACGAGCCAGGUGGCCAAGCAGCGCAAGCCGUGGAUGUGCAAGAAGCACCGCAAUAAGAUGUACAAGGACAAGUACAAAAAGAAAAAAAGCGACCAGGCUCUGAACUGUGGUGGGUCAGCCUCGACAUCCUGCGCAGGGAACGUCAAGCUGGAGGAAAGUGCAGAUAACAUACUCUCCAUUGUUAAACAAAGAACAGGAUCUUUUGGGGAUCGUCCUGCAAGACCUACUCUUUUAGAACAAGUAUUAAAUCAAAAAAGACUGUCAUUACUAAGAAGUCCAGAAGUAGUGCACUUUUUACAGAAACAGCAACAACUAUUAAGUCAGCAAGUUUUGGAACAAAGACAGCAGCAGUUUCCAGGAGCACCGGUGUGA